CUGCUCAUCAAAUGGCACAACAUACGACAAUGAGUGUUUGUUUCGACAGGAAAUGUGUCUUCUACGAUUGAACUUUUCCGUUCAACACCCUGGUAGUUGUGAAGGAUUUCCUUUCCAGCGAGGUCGCCGCCACAUGCCACAUAUUCCUUCACUGGGAUAUUCUCAUUGUGACGUAGUUCGCCUCAAGCCUUAUGUGUUUUAUCCUGACAAAGCACUGGAAGUUCAGAUCACUGUCAAUCACAUUGACACCAGUGACAAGUCAUAUGUACAUGAUGCCGCUGUGUCGUGGAUUGAAAAUGUCAGUUACGAUCGAUUCACUGCGUGUGUGAUGGCGGCUGGCUACAAUGAGCGAGAAUCUCAUGCUAACGUGACAGUUGAUUGGAUGGCGUACCAAGGGGCUCCAGUGGGUGGUGUUGCCGGGGAAGUACGAAUAUCACAAUGGUGGACUGGAACGACUUGUAAAUCUGUCAAUUUUCCAUCGGGGAAGUUUACAGUGAUACCCUCAGUAUUUGUAACUCCUGCGCAUCAUCAUGCCGGACUAAAGCGUGACGCUGCCAGUGUGUGGAUUGAAGACGUCAGGCAAUCUUCAUUCAAAGUUUGUUUGAGAGAGCUGCAAAACUACGCAGGAUCGCACGAAGACGUUCAUGUUAAAUGGUUGGCGUUUUCGUCUCUUCAUAAGCCUCUCUUCACAGAGUACAGUUCAGUCUAUUUCCCUAACGCCCAGCAUCCUCCUGCAGAUUACAACAAUGCUUUCUGCAAGGUUUGUGAGGAUGUCACGUUUUGUGAGGGCAUUAAGUUUUGUGUGGGGAUCAAGGUUUGUGUGAAUGUGAAGUUUCGUGAGGAUGCUGAGUUUUGUAUGGAGGUCAAGUUUUGUGUGGAUGUGAAGUUCUGUGUGGUUGUCAAGUUUUGUGAGGAUGCCAAAUUUUCUGAGGACGUCAAGUUUUGUGUGUGCAUUACGUUUUGUGUGGGGGUCAAGUUUUGUGACUGA